AUGGCAUUAAAAGAAAUAUCUGGGGCAGAAUUAACUAAAGUAGAACCCCAAAAUGUAAAAGAUGGUGAAGUUUUAUACGAAGUGAGGUUUGGGAAAAAUAUACAACUGACGAUUCCCGAAGAAUGUUACAGUACAGGUAUUUGCGAAGAGAUCCCAGACUUUCCAGAAGAAGAAGUAAACGAUAUUAUUAAUAAAAUGAUGAUAGACAAAGUACACUUCAAUUACGACCCGGAUUUCUUGGAACCUCACACUGUCAUUAACGAAGCUUACAAACUUUGUUCAUCAAGACGAGUGUAUCUUCGGCCAAAGGCAGUGAGGGACUCCAACUAUCAAUGGUAUUUAGUACUUAACUCUAACUAUACAACUGCGCAGAGGUUCAAAGGAGAGCAAUGUCUAGGCCCUCCAGAAACAUCUUGCGUGAAUGUGGGUGGUUACUGCCGCGGUUUUCACGGAGAAUGUGUUCAGAAAUAUUAUAACAGAUACGUGCUCGUGCUUAGUAGCGACCUUAAACAAGUUUUGCGGAAGAUAGUAGCAUGGCCACUUUGCUGCGCUUGUGCGGUAUUUAGAUAG